AGGAGCGCGGACUGUCGUGUGUCCAAAACUUCCUUACUGGACGACGGCGGUUGCAAGGCCUUUGGCCAGUAUCAAGCGCACGAUCCAGCUCACUUAUAAGCAGACGGUGACGAGUAAUGUGCAUUCAAGUUGUGCAAAACAUGUCCGCACCAGCCCACUCCACGACGCCCCUGCUUAACAAGCAGAGCCCCAGUGCCGCCCUCAAGCCGCAAUGGAGACUCUACUGGGAGUUGGCACGCAUGCACAAGUUCCCCUCGGGUUCCAUACUGGUAUUCUGGCCAUGCGUAUGGGGAUACCUCCUGGGUACGCGCGGGCACCCCCCGGAUCUAACGACGUUCGUGCAGUACACGACCGCGUUCCUGCUCGGGAGCACGCUCCUUCACAGCGCAGCUUGCACUAUCAACGACAUCUGUGACCGUGAUUUCGACCGUCAAGUCGAGCGGACCAAGACCAGACCCAUUGCCUCGGGCGCGGUCACGGUCUUCCAGGCGACGGUCUUCCUUCUGGCGCAGGUUGGGGUCUUCGUGUGGAUGUUGACCCUGGUGAACCGUACGGCCUUUUUGUGCGGGAUGUUCGGCGUGUUUCCGUUGCACGCUCUGUACCCGCUCAUGAAGCGCGUCACGAACUGGCCCCAGGCCUGGCUAGGACUGGCAAUGAACUGGGGUCUGCCGACGGCAUGGCUGAUGACCAGACCGGAAGAUAUUAGGUCUAUCCCCAUGUGGACGUUGACAUUUGGCACAUUCUGCUGGACCAUCUUCUACGAUACCAUCUACGCCUGCCAGGACCGGAAAGAUGACGUCGAGGCUGGUGUCAAGUCGACGGCGCUCCUCUUCGGCGCGUACGUCAAACCUAUCCUCAGUCUCUUCGGCGCGGUGUUCGUCGGCACCCUCGCGUACGCCGGCGCGGAGACCGGCAUGCCUCUGCCGUACUUCGUCAUCGGCGUCGGCGGCUGCGCGCUGCACAUGAUCUGGCAGCUGGGGACGCUCGAUGUCGGCACCCCUCAGGACUGCGAGCGGAAGUUCAACUCCAACGGUGACUUGGGGUAUAUUGUCGCUGGUGGCAUGCUGGCCGCUAUGUACACCCCAGACCUCCUUCAGUUCUGAGGGCGACCGCACUGACCGGAUACGGUGUGCUCCUCGCAAGCUCGACAUGGCCUACCACCUCCUUAAACUAGGAGUACUGAGAGUCACAAUCUAUGCCAAAGCAACACUCCGAUAGCAUGCAGCCUGCAUAGCCACCUGACGCGAGCCGAUCCUCCUUCAUGCUUCAACACGAUGUCACUCCUCUUUGGCGACCGCUGUCGCGAAAACCUUGGUAUGGGCCGCAACUCGUUGAAGAACGUGCGUAGUGCCAGCGAAAACAAAGGUGUUGCCUACGCUGGUGGGGCUGAGGGCUUUGGGGAUCACGACGCUCACGCCGGAGUGAUUGCUUGGAGAUAGAGGGGG